AUGUCUGGCCGAUUUUCUGCUACAACCGAUGUUCGAUCUGCAGUCAAUUAUGAUGAUGGUUAUUGGCCAUUCGUCGAAAACCGCAAACGAUUAGCAUACUUUCUCAUAGCGCCACUGGUCUUUGCUUUUAUUUUGAUGAGUCCCGGUCUUCAAAACUUUGUCCUACCAUUCGAAAGUUUCAUUUACGCCAGACUUGCACUUUUGCUACUUCCAUCGGCAAUUUCAUUUCUUCUUCUGACCGUUUGCCUUGUGAUCAAAAAGGAGAGACUGAAUUAUGACCCUGGGUUUAGCAUUUCUCUCUCAAAAGCCCUCGUCCGUGUACUCUACGUUUUCGUAAUGAUUGACUUCGUCAGUCGACUGUUCUUGUUCUUCCGCCUCAUCGAGGACAACGUCGACUUUGUUGUUCUCACUGGAUCAGAAAACGGAGAUUUCGUUCUUCACACAUUCCUCAACAUUGGCUUACAAGUUUCCAUCUGCGUCUACUAUCUCGCGCCUGUAUAUAUUCCAAUCGCCCUUACGCUCUUUGUCAAACAUUUCAGGGAUUCGGUACUAGCAGCUGAUUUUGAAACGGCAUUUCAAAACUGGUUCAAUUUUCAGAUUUUCUGCUGUAAACGGAUCAACAAAGUGCAUACCAUCUAA